UGCCCCCGCUGGCCUACUUCCGCUGAAGGUAUUGUCACCCGAAUUCAUCGUCGUGCAGUCUGCGAUUUGUGUUUUUGAUCCUCAGACGCAGCAGAAUUUCUUACACGUUGAGAUCAAAGUUUGUGUGGACAGUGAAUAAUACACUGUGAGGAUAGUGUCGGGAGGUUCUUGUAGAUUUUUUUGUUUGUGUUGUUUUUGAAGAGUUCGAAGUGAGUGAGAGUGGAUUUGGAGAGAUGGCAGUGAUGGUGGAUGCGGAGGGAGGUAGCGCGCCGCCAGCACCGCAGGGAAUUGGGAAGGUGAACGCUGUGCUUGUAGAGAGGGCUGUGGACGCGCUGGUCAAGUGGUGCGCGGCGCAGAAGCAGAAGGAGAAAGCUCAGCUGCUCGAGGAUGAUCAGUUGUUGUAUGUCGUCGUGGGGAUGAAGAAGGUACCAGACAAAGGUAGAACUAACCCGUACGUUUUAGAGCUUCCGCAUCCUCUGUACCAGCCAGAUGGGAACCACGAGGUGUGCUUGAUCAUCAGCGACAGGGAGCAUGCAAAGCAGAAGUUAGAUAAGCAGAUGGCGAAGGCGCGGAUUGAGAAAGAGGGGUUGAAAAUUUCGAAAGUCAUCCCGCUGUCGAAAUUAAAGACUGAUUACUUCGCGCAUGAGGCGAAGCGGAAGCUGUGCGGGUCGUACGACACAUUUUUGGCAGAUGAUCGCAUUUUAGGAGAGUUGCCGAAGCUACUUGGAAAGACUUUCUUCAAGAAGAAGAAACAUCCUAUUCCUGUGAAUCUUACGCGAGCGCAGUGGACAGGCCAAAUUUCGGCAGCUUUGAAUUCGACCUACUUGUACAUGAGCGGUGGUACUUGCAGCGCUGUCAAAGUUGCUAGGAUGUCACAGGCUCGAGAUGAAAUCGUUCAGAACGUCAACGCAGUUAUUGAAGGCAUUGCUCAGCAGAUUCCAAAGAAGUGGGCCAACGUCCGAUCAUUUUUUCUGAAGACAUUGGACUCUGUCUCACUUCCACUGUAUCAGUCUCUUCCUGACAUGCCACUGAAGAUUGAAUUACCAGGACUGUCGCAACCGGAAGACAAGAAAAGUUUGAAAUUUUCAAAGAAGGAUAAGAAGAUGAAAGCCAAGCCAGUCGAAGAUGACAAGGUGGAUGCAGAUAUGUCAUUGGACAAUGACGCCGAGGAUAAAAUGGAUGUGAUUGAGGAGGCUGCAGUAGCUGAAAAACCAAAGAAGAGGAAGCAGAGUGCUGUGGGGGGCAAGCGGAAAGUGCCCCGGAAGGCAGCGGUCGUAACGGGAGCUUAGUAUCGUUCUUCCGGUCUCCAACUUUCACAAUUUUGACUUGUAUCAAUCAGGAAAGAAAAAAAUCAAAUCCUGAAAUCUCGCUAUUGCGUCAGUUUGUUAUUUCCAGUCGUAGCAAUGUAGUUUGCUGUGACCAAUUUUCUAUUCCUACUAGGUUCUAAUAGAGGUUAGAAGUCUCUGCGUUGCAAGGAGCUGCUGUAACUAUACAAGAUAUAAUUUCGUAUUGCAUUUGCAACCUACAUUGACAUGA